UAUAUUCGAUCAGAAAAAAGAAACAGAGAUGAUUCGGAAGAGAGAGGUGAAGGCCGAGAAAGUAAAAAAGUAAAACUAGUAGCAACUGCUAGUAAAAUCAUGGAGAGCAUAAUGAAACUUCCUGAUAUUUGUGACGUUUAUUCAGACCCAAAAAAUUUUCUUUCAUUACCAUUCCCAUACCCUGGAUCAAAUAAACCAGUUGAUAGGUUUGUUAUUGAUGUUGAUGGUUUUUUUACCUUCAUGGGAAGGAAGAAAUUUAACAGUGUUCUAGACAAAAUCAAAGAAUUCAGAUCGAGCACAGGUUAUAUGAGAAUGUUUAUUUAUGGCACAGUAGGUUAUGGAAAGUCUUACAUUCUCACAGCAAUAGCUUGUUUUCUUAUAAGGAUCGGAAAGCGUGUUGUAUAUCUUCCCGAUUGUCGCGAACUGGCUUUAGACCCAAUAAUAUACAUUAAAUCAGCCUUAUUUCUCACCUACGUAGAUGAUGAUGCGAAAACAAGCAAAAUUAAUACCUGUGAAAGUUUUGACCAAAUUAUAAAAUUUUGCAGAUCAUUAGAUGAAACAUUAUAUUUUAUUGUAGACCAAAUGAACGCUCUGGACGAUUAUAAUGAUACUGGAAUUAACCCAGAAAAAAAGCUACAAGUUAAAGAAAAUAUUGAUAAAUUGUGCUUGGGCCAUUUUUAUAUUAAGAGUUCUUCGGCAAACAACUAUGCAGUAUUGCAUCUUAAGCAAAAACAGACCAAUGAAAAGAAAAUUACGCUUUAUGGAGGAUUCGAUGAGGAGGAGAUGGAAGAAUGGUGGAAGAAGCAUAAUUCUGGUUUGCCAACAAUGGAUAAUUGGCAAAAAGAUCAAAUUGAAGUCAUCACCGGCAAAAUUCCGCUUUUCUUAAACGUUUUGCUAGAAUCUAGUCACAAAAAUUUUGAAGAUGCGCUGGGCUACUUAAAUCAACAAUUAAUACCAAAGAUAAAGGAGCCGAUGAGAAACUUUUCAGACAAUAUACCAGAAGGAAGGCAGGAAUUUCACGUCAAAUUGAUGUCAUCGUUUCUGACAAAAAGAUAUCCUCCAAGUGGUUAUGGAGUUAGUGAUUUUGAUCAUCGUUUUUUCUACAUUGAAAAUGAACUAUGUCAUUAUGUUUGUGGGGUGGCACGGGAUUGCAUGGCUGAUUAUCUCUAUGAAAAGAAGCGAAUGGAAAUGUUCACAGAUAUAAAGUGGAUCAGUUGCAUAGAGAAAUUUAAAAACAACCGAUCGGUUAAAGGAUUUUUUGCGGAAAAGGCGUGUAUUGCUAGUAUUUUUAAGAAUGGAAUUAUGGCGAAUCGCGUAACUUUUAAGCCUAAUGAUAUAGAAUUUUUUUGCGAUGAAAAAGAAAUUAGAUUUUCUUCGAAUGAAGGGAAAUGUAUACUUUACUUACCACGCCGUUGGAACCAAGAGGCAAUCGAUGGAUUACUGAUUUCGAAAACAAAUAAUAAAUUAUAUAUUGCCCCAAUACAGAUUACUCUUGACAAGAGUAGUCAUUCAGAUUCUGAGGGAAUAUUUUUCUCCAAUAUUUGGCCAAAUUUAAAGUCAACCUUAUCAGAUUUUGAGGACGGAUUAGAGAUAAUAUUUAUAUGGAUUACAAGUGAGAGUGAUACAGACGUAGAGGUGGAAAUUAAUUCCAGAAAAACACGAAAUCAAACUUUUGAAAUUAAUCCCGAUUAUGCUCGGGUAGUAAUGGGAUUUGGAAAUGUUAACAAAGAUAUUGAUCGAUAUCUAUCUUAA